GCGCCUCUGCCCGCAGGCCGUGCACGAAACCAUCCUCAGCAACCGGUUCCUCAUCGUGCGCGCCAAGAAGCUGCGCUGCGGACGGGAGGAGAGCCGCCGCUUCUACCGGGAGCACGCGGGGCGGUUCUUCUACCAGCGGCUGGUGGAGUUCAUGGCCAGUGGCCCCAUGUGGGCUUAUAUCUUGGCCCACGAGAAUGCUGUACCCCUCUGGAGAUCCCUGAUGGGACCCACAAAAGUAUUCCGAGCUCGAAACAGCGUCCCGGACUCCAUCCGAGGAGCUUAUGGCCUUACUGACACCAGGAAUACCACUCAUGGCUCAGAUUCACCAGCAUCAGCCAGCAGAGAAAUUGCCUUUUUCUUCCCGGAGUUCAAUGAACAGCUCUGGUACCAGCAGGAAGAGCCACGUCUGCGCUCUGGGCAGGUGUAUUACAAUGCAGAGGAGCGUGUCCACUGUGUGUUCAGGGAUGAAGAAACAGAGUUGACCUGAAUUACCCAGGGGUAUGGUUUGCUGAGCUGGAAGUAGCUGCUAGGCACACUGUUUGGGUCAGCCCCCUAACAAGAUAUAGAGCUAUGGUAUGUUUCAAGGAGUAUGGGGGAGGGAAAGACCUAACGCAUAUUAUGUUGUGCCACCUGGGAUUAUGUUAUUCAUGCAACAUACAGGUGCUGGGGCAUUUUAGGAAAAAACUUCUCAAGUAGCAGUACUCCCAACUCGAUAUAGAGGUCUAGCCAUGCAGUUCACUGGUCCCUUCCGUGUUUAUUUGGAUAUGACCAGUAUAGGCGAGUUCAUCAAAGGGAUAAGCGGAAAGGGAGUUGCUAGUUCCAGUUAGGAUAUGAUUGGUUUUGCUGAUAGUAGGCCUCAGAUUCUUAAUAUUUACUCUGUUCCCACAGUCCCUUAUGGAGAAGAGAGGGGAAAAAGAAUAUGAGAAAAUGCAGCGGUAAGCAGGGCAAUAUUAACUCUCCUGUCCUUGCUUUCCUGGUUCCAAGCUGAGAAAUAAGGCUGCCUUCAGUUUUGUAUCGUGAUUCAUAUCUUAAGCAUCUGGCAGAGGGCACAGUUAGAAGCCAUUCUUGAGAGGAAAGCAGCAUAUCCUGUUGGUUCAGUUUUGUCUGGGCUGACAAGCCUGGGACAGAAGUGCCAGGGGAAGUUGCAGAAAGAUGUGGAAUAGUCCAGUGCCUGUGAAGGAUCUUCUAUUUUGUGCUUUUAGAUUGCCUGGGGCAUGAGAUGAGUAGUUCUGAUGAAACUUGAUAGUGGCUAUUAAAGCUGUAGAUUUCUGGAAUCCAUAAUAAAAAACCAGAGAAGUUAAUUCUGGUGCACAGAAGCUGUAGAGUUUCUGCCCAGAGCUCAGCAUUGAAGCACUGAGUUCCAUGUCCUUUGUAAAUUAUAUGGACAAAGUCAUUAUCCAGAUAACUGAUAAAAUUAUUAUAUGGUGGUGCAUGAGGACUUGGUUUUGAGGUACAGUGCAAGGAUCUGACAUGCUUAUUUACGUUUUCCUGUUUGAUGCAUUUCGAGAUCUGUUCCUGUAGGAGUUUUUAAUCAUUUAAACUGUCCCCCUAAUAGCUUCUCACUAUGCUGAUUUUUUUUCUUUAAUUAAGGUGCCAUGUUGUACUGAGUGAAUUUCUUUUGGAUAAUUUCAAAUGCACUGUGUUGGUGAAGGUACCUUUGUAGUAAUGUACUUGGGGUAAGAAGUUUGUUAGCUUGACUUCAUUUUCUGAAGCUAUGCAUGACUAGCAUUGACGAUACUAGUCACUAAAGCUGUUGACAGAGUCCCGAAUUUACUAGUGCAUUAUUGUGUCACAGAUCAAAGGCAAGUUACUUUGUCUAGUUUAAGACAACUAUGUAAAACAUUGGUUGUUUGAUUGAAAAAUGUUUAAUUGUAGGAAGUGCUGCCGUAGAGCUUCCUUGAUUAAAUACAUCAGUAUUUUUCUUCCUUCCUUACUAUUAUAUGAGGUUAAAUGCAGUCACUGUUUUG